GGGCAGGCGGCGGUGGGGAAGAUGGCGUACCAGAGCCUCCGGCUGGAGUACCUGCAGAUCCCACCGGUCAGCCGCGCCUACACCACCGCCUGCGUCCUCACCACCGCCGCUGUGCAGUUGGAAUUGAUCACACCUUUUCAAUUGUACUUCAAUCCUGAAUUAAUCUUUAAACACUUUCAAAUAUGGAGGUUAAUCACCAAUUUCUUAUUCUUUGGGCCAGUUGGAUUCAAUUUUUUAUUUAAUAUGAUUUUUCUAUAUCGUUACUGUCGAAUGCUAGAAGAAGGCUCUUUCCGAGGUCGGACAGCAGACUUCGUAUUUAUGUUCCUUUUUGGUGGAUUCUUAAUGACUCUUUUUGGUUUGUUUGUGAGCUUAGUUUUCUUGGGUCAGGCCUUUACAAUAAUGCUUGUCUACGUGUGGAGCCGAAGGAACCCAUACGUCCGCAUGAACUUCUUCGGCCUUCUCAACUUCCAAGCGCCCUUUCUGCCCUGGGUGCUCAUGGGCUUUUCCUUGUUACUGGGGAACUCAAUCAUUGUGGACCUCUUGGGCAUUGCAGUUGGACACAUAUAUUUUUUCUUGGAAGAUGUGUUUCCUAAUCAGCCUGGUGGAAUAAGAAUUCUGAAAACACCAUUUGUUUUGAAGGCUAUUUUUGAUACACCAGAUGAGGAUCCAAAUUACAAUCCACUACCUGAAGAGCGGCCAGGAGGCUUCGCCUGGGGUGAAGGCCAGCGCCUUGGAGGUUAAAGCGGCAGUGCCAAUAACAAGACUGGGAAGGCUCAAGCGAAAUACCCAUUGGGAUUCUUUUAUCCUUUGUGUUGCAAAAGUGUGGAUGCUUUUGACAGCUUUACAGAUUUUAUUUCCAGAAGCACUUUAUGAAAUGGUACACUGAUUAAUCCAGAAGACAUUUGCAGCAGUUUGCCAGUGGUUCCUCACUACACUGGUAUUGAAAGUGUAAUCUUUUGGAGCCAAAAAACUGGAGAAACAAAUAUCCUGCCACUUCUAACUUACAAGUACAUGAAUACUUGAGUUCUGUGGUAUAAGGCAGGGCUUUUUCUUCCUCUUCUUUGAUAGGCGAGGCCAUGGUGUAAAUGGAAGUUUCAGAGAGGACAAAAUAAAACUGAAUUCCAUCUCUCUCUCACUGUAUUAAAGCUUUUGUGUGUGAUCUUUUAAAUUAAGAUAAUGUAUCCCAGCUCUCCUGCAUCAGUCUGAGCUCAGAGCGGUUUACAUUACCCAUUCAUGUGUGUUCACAGUUUUCAACUGGAUUUCAUUUCAAGGUUGGAAAUAUGCGGCUUGCUGCCUGUUCACAAAUUGCAACUGUUAUACCAUGGAUGUAUACACAUCUUAUGAAUUUAGAAUGCUAGCCCCGGGAGAAGAUUUAUUUCUUUUUCCGGAUAGUUUGUUCUCAGUCUGGACUUUGCAAAUCUUCAGGUUGUCAGACAACGUGGAAAAAAGGGGGGAGAGUGAUUCUUGUGGCAGCAGGAAUUCAGCUGUAGAAAAGUCAUUUAUAAGUGACAAGCUAAUGUGGAGUCUUAUUUAUUCUGCUUGCAUUUCUCCAUUAAGAAAUAUCUGCGUGUGUUGGGAGCAGAGGGAGAUAUCCAGGGAAAGACUGGUCAUGGCUACAUUUUUGGAAAACUACAGAAAAUCUUCAGACCUGAAAAACAAGUUAGAAUGUUGACUUUGGAAUCAGAUGAACAGGUACCAGUUAGGCAGGUACAAGUUUCCCCUAGGUCUUUGGCUGGUUAACAUUUGUCAUUUGCUUCAUGUUAGGCCAAGAAGUUUUUCAAAGCCAAGCACCUAGUUUAUCUUUCCAAUUGGGUAGAAAUUAGGCAGAGUCCACAGAAGUAGGCAGUUAACGCAGUGAUACAAUAAAUACUUGUUCCAAAUAUUAACCCUUCCCUGAGUCUCAUCAGGAUGGUGGUCACACUCCUUAAGUAUUUCAAAGAACCCAGAAGAGUAAAAUUGGCACCACAGAAAAAAGAUUAUUUCAAAAUAGUUUUCAUAACCAUCCUGUAGGCACAGGACCAUUUCCCAAAAUUGGAUUGUCAGAAGUGUUCCCAGCUUGAUUAAGCGGUAGUUUUCCACAGAGUGAGAUUUUCCUCAGAAAGAUGGACAUAAGGCUUAGAUGAAAUUUAAACAUAAAUGGGAAUUUUCAGAGUGGUUUUUUUUGAGGUGAAAGUAUUUAAUGUCUUUAAAUAGAAUAUGCAUAAGUAAUAGAAUUUAAUAUAAAUAUUUUAAAUGUCGCUAGUAAGUAACUUUGAAUUUGUUGCAAUUUUAUGGAAUUGGGUGAAUGGGACUUCUUUUUUCCUAAGCUGUUUAAAAAAUCUUUUUAACAGUUUAAAUGCCAGUCUUAGAAUGUAUAAUACUUAUGGGAUCCUUUUGUCAUAUAUAGUCUUUGUUCAAGAAAGCUUUAUCAGUGACUUUUAUUAGAGGUUUUUUGUUUGUUUGUUUGUUUGUUUUAAGAAAUUGUUUUAGGGCUAGAAGUAGGUUUCCAUAGUUCUAUUUGUUCUCCCUGAGUUAACUUUGAGUUAUCAAUUCGUGGAAUCUUUCUGGUAAAAUUUUAAUCCUAAAUUCCAUUCACUGAGUAUUCAUUCAGGUAAGGAAUAUCUAUAUAUAUUAGGGAUGGUUAAAGCAGGCAACAAACUUUGAAUUUAUAUCCUAAAGGCAUUCAGCUAUGGGAUUUUUAUUUCCCUGAUUUUAUGGAAUGAAAAUUCCUAGUGUCAGGAUGCCAUACGGUGCCACUACACUGUGUCCUGGGCAGUGGUAAUUUCAAUCACUGGCCUCUUAACAGCUGGGCCAGUCCCACUACCACCAUUCCCAGCCUGUGUUGCUUGACAGGAUACCUGUGUUUAUCUGGGCAUAAGAAAAAGUCCUCACUGCUUCCCCAACUUACCUCUCAAUCUUCAUCCUUCCAGACAUACUUCCUUUUUGUAAUGCAAGUCAACUGAAAAAUGAGAUUUGGUAUCAUGACCAUACAUAUAAUUUGAGGGAUUCUUGCAUCUGCCAAUAAUACUGAAAAGCACACCUGUCUAAGGCAUAGUUUUUUCAUUAUAGAAAUACAGUAUGCGUUCAUUAACAAAAAAAUGGACGUGCAAACUGCAUCUCCCUAGGAGGUACAUAUUAUAUACAUUUGGUGUGUUUUUUUGACUAUGAAUUUCUAUUUGCUUCUCUAAUUGUUCUUUUUCUUGUCACUCUUGUACAUUCUAGUAUCUUUCCUACCUCUUGUGUAGCCUCUCUGAGCAGAGAGCCCCCAAGCCCUGGAUCUUCAUAAUGAAACCCUCACUCUGUCUCUGGGGCCUCUGAAUAUUAGGAGAUAUUUGGAGCUAUUGCCAUGUUGGGUAAAAGGCUUCCUAGAAUUGUCAUCUAUCCUACCAGCAUUUUAUGUUGUAACCAUGUUUUCUUUUGACAAGUGGGUGCCAUCUGUGUUGUUAGUCAUAAUCCUGCCAUUAUUUUCAGUGUUCUACAGGAGGUCCCCUAAACAACUUAAUAUUUUAUGAGUUUGCAUUAAAACUGUUGAGCCUUUCCUGAUCAAGCCACAUCUCGGCUCAGAAAUCCACAGUGACUUUUUAGUAAGUCCAUAUCAGAUGCAUACUUUUUUGUUUUCCUUUGAACUUUACUCCCACUUUGACCUAACAGAGAUCCCUGAAUUUCUUCAGUCUUUCAAGGCCUGGCCCAGUUUCUGGCUCCUCAAGGAAUCUUGACUCUAAGGCCCAUUUCAUUGUCUCUCUCCUUUGAAUCCCUUUAAAGCUUCAAGUCUGUAUGACAUACUCUUACACCAAAUUAUAUAUUGUCUUGUACUGUUCCUAGCUGGUACAUGUAUAUUAGUCUUGUCUCCCUCGUGAGAUUGUAAGCUCCUUAAGGGCAGGGACCAUGUCUUAAAUUUUUGUAUCCACCACAGUGCCUAGCACAGUGCUUGGCAAAUGGGUGCUGAAUAAAUACUUCAUUGAUCAGUAAACUA